CACUACUCACGAGAGGCGCUGGCCGCGGACGAGCCGCCACCACCACCACCACCACCACCACUGCAGUGCUCAGUGUGCGUCUCUCUCUCUCUCUCUCACUGCGCAGUGCGCCUGCACGAGCCGAGGGGGCGGAGAGAGCUCUACUUGUGCUGCGUGCGGCGGCGAGGCGAUGGAGUCGAUGGAGCCCAAGGACAUCGACUGGAGCAGGGUGGUGUCGCGGUACGUGCGCGACGAGGCCUACGAGGGCAUCGAGGCCCCGCGCUGGGCAGACCUCGCCGACCCCGAGGCCGCCGCCGCCGCCGUCGACGACGAGGCCUGGUUCUGCCGCCCCGAUUGCCGGCAUCCAAAGACGGCCGAGGACUUCCUCAAGCUGAGCCCCAGCCCCAAGGGCAAGCUGCUGCGAUCAGUGUCGGCCAUGAUGCCGUUCGGCGAGAGGGACACCAACCUUAGAGAUGGAAACAACAAUCUGAAGAGGCGGGGAGCCGUCGCCGGCGGCGGCAUCGCCACCACCUUCACGCCGCCGAGGCCGAAGGCUGCGGCCAAGAAGAGGUUUCAGGACGACGGCGAGAACCAGGACCCUGCACUGGCCACUCCACCCCCGCCAGCGCCGGCGAGUAGGCCGCCGUUCGGCGCGGCACGCUGGGCCAAGAAUGCGAAGGACGCCAUCAAGUCCAGCGCGGAGAAGCGGCCGGACAAUGCGGAGAAGGAGGCUCUGCUCAGCAAGAACGCAGCGCCGAGGCAGCUCAAGAGCACUCUCUCGGCGAGGAACCUCUUCUCCGGGAAGGACAUACUUGGCCAGAUAUCGGACUUCUACAAUGAGCUCAAGCGGAUGGCCGCUGGCAAUGGCAGCCGUCCUGCGUCAGAGGCCAUGGAGGAGUUGAGCUCAAACCCAAUGAAUGAGGGUGAUGUGGUGGACAAGAAGGUUGAUUGCUCUAGCGAUCAGGUUCCCUCUGAAGAAGCCAUCAAGGAGAAGGCAAGGCAAGAACUGGCAGAAAAGAGUCCAAGCCCAGUGAAGGGGAAGAAGAUAGGAUUGAAGGUGGAAGCUGCCAAGCCCAGGUCCUCAGUGUUGAAGGAGGUGAAGGCCACACCGCCGACUCCGCAGCGGUUUCCAUCUCCCUCGGUCAACCGUGUCAAGAACGUGAAAGCAGGAGGCAUGUCAAUGGCAGGUUCACCACUCCAGAAGCCACUGAAGGAGAAGGUGACACCCAGUAAGGAUCUGGAGAACAGCAAAGAUGCUAAGAGGCCACCUUUUGGUGUUAAGGAUAUGAACAGCACAAAGGCUUGUGAUGCAGAAGGGAGCUCCAGUAGCAUGUUUUGGUUCUUGAAGCCCUGCACAUUCCUAGUGGACUAGCAGGAAAAUAACCAAAGGCUUUAAAGAACUGCACUUCAUGUAGUUAGAAUACAUUAUUUCAUUCUAUUUGAAAUACUCCCAAUUCAUGUUUGAUCGAUUCAUUUGAUGGACAUUUUUUUGUCAGGGUAAUAAACAGCAAGGCAAUGUAUAGUUAGUUACUAGCAAAGUCAUAAAAGGUCGAGAUAUUCUUUCCAUAUGCAAGCAUUCGAGAUAUAUAGGAAAAUGUUAUUGUUCUU